GUGAUGCUAUUGAAAAAUCUUUCCCGGUUGAUAUUGAUAAAGGCAUGACCGUUAGGCACCUCAAAAAAUUAAUCAAGGAGGAGAAAAAGAACGCCUUUGCCAAUAUUGAUUCAAAUGAACUGAGGCUGUGGAAGGUGGAUAUUCCUAUCGGUAUGGAAAACAAAAACACGAAAAUAUUUGCCGAAAACAUUAAUGAUUAUAAAGGUGUAAAGUUGCUCUCAAACGCUACUAUGGAAACAGUUUUUCACAAAGAACCCAAAAAUACUAAAUUUUUUAGCAUCUGCAUUAUUGUGCAACCACAUGUCACCGCUGGUAAGUGUUUUGCUUUCAAACGAGGAAAUUUGCAGUUAUCUCAUUCUUUUAUUCGAUCAGGAAUUUCUGGAUCACUUUCCACCCCAAUGAAGCAAUCGGAUGAAUCUCAAUUUUAUAACCAUGAAUCUGUUACUUCUCAUGAGGAAGAAUUUUGGAAUGAACUUUCUGACGCGAAUAUUGUCCUUAAACUACCAGAUAAUAUUGAUAAAACUAUGUUUGUGUCUGGACCAUUAUCCGAAUAUAUAAGUGUUAAAGGGAACGAAAUUGUGUUGAGUAACUGUGUAAUGUUUAAUGCACAAAAUGAACUAAUACUUAAUAAUGGUGAACCUGUGAUGUGGGAAUUAACAAAGAUUAAAAUGAAUUUUGUGAAAUUUCUACGUCUCCGUAAAUCGCUAUAUGAAAUUGUUUAUGGAAUAUCAAUACAGGAUAUAUUAAUAAAGGAGUUAUACUUGCAGAUGAUUGAAAAGAUUGAAUACGAUCGUACUCAUCAUGAAAAAAGAGGCUGUAUUAUAAUUGGAUCACCUGGCAUUGGAAAAACACACUUUUUGCUAUAUUUGGCUUUUUAUUUAGCUCGUCAAUAUUCCUCAGCAGAUAUAAUCUAUGAGCAGUUAUUCCAAGGUUAUUACCGUGCCCUUCAUGUCAAACCAAAUAUAAGUGUAAUGAAAAUUCUUGAUCUAACACUCAAAAAGUUGAUCACGCGAUGGGGAUGUAUACCACGAUGUGUUUUUGAUGAAUAUGAUUAUAAGCCGAAAGUUGAUGAUGUAGUCUUUCAAUGUGAUGCUUAUGUUUAUCUUAAAAAUGAUGGUGAAGACUUAGGUGAUGAUUAUUCUGGAAAAGCCAUAUAUAUUAUUCCGAACUUUGAAUUUAUGGAUAAAAUAUAUGUUCCCGCUUCAACAGAAAUAUAUGAGGCUUUAAGUGCUGGUGGUACAUUAGCUGGCAAAUUCUUUGAAAUGGUAGCACAUGAUAUCUUAUGGAAAGGUGGCGAUUUCACAGUGCGACACUUAACCAGAGAUAGUAUUAAACAACCUGAAAAAGAACUUCACCUUCAAAAUUUGCUACACCAACAGUUUCAUAAUAUUGAUGAAAUAGUUCCAGGGUAUUAUAACAUUCCCGAAAAUACAAAUUUUGAAUCUGUUGACACUAUUGCGCCUAAUCGUAAUGGAAUUCAUCAUUUAUAUCAAAUGACAACAGCAGAAACACAUGAUAUAAAGGUAAAUAUUGGACUUUAUAUUAGCUUUGUAUCUACUAUUAUAGACUGA